CUGAAAUUCUGGGACGGUACCACCGUUGUAGAAAACACAGCGGACUGCUGCCGUGUCACUCAUCCUGAUCCACGUUGUAUCAUCUCAUGUGUCAUUGCCUCUACUCUUAUAGCCAGGUAAGAUUGUUACGUGGCCAAGACCUCGAAAUAGAACCCACGCAUUCACCCGCAAGUAGUUAUGGCGGAGGACCUGAGAGACACAUAGACGAUGAGGCGGAUGUGGUGGUUGGUUAUGACGAGAAUGACGAUGAGAAUGACGAUGUUUAUUUUAUCGACACAUUACCUGUCAAUGAUAAAUUACAAGCACUUGUACGCAACGUGGUGGAAACCAACAAGUCUAUUUUGACGGCUCCCUAUACCGACCCGUUGUUCGUCACACCUGAAACGGAUAUGACGCAAAUGCAUAAAUACUAUCUACAACUCUUACACUACUGUUUGCCUACAUCUCUAGAAAACUUGGAUCUAGACGCUGGGCUUUAUGAAAAGGACGCGUUUAAAUGUCUCAGUGCCGCACUCUAUUGUUUAACAAGAGAGGUACCUCCUCACUUGGAAACAGAAUACUUUAAAAGGAUGCUGAUGGACAUUGUCAUGCAAGGGGGCGAUGCAGAUACAAAUGCUGCCACCGCUGGCGCUAUGCUCGGUGCACGUUUUGGUUAUAGUUUGUUGCCUACAGAAUGGGUCGUUGGUAUGAGACGCUGGGAAUGGCUAGAAGACAAAGUAGAUGAGUUUUGCUCUCUGCUUUAUUAGAGACACUCAUUCCCUUACCCUAUGUAACAUGCAUACACACCCUAGAGGCAUGCUUUUUUUAUCCUUUUUUUUUCCCUUUGAUUUGUGUUUUGUAUGUUUCUUCCUCAUUGGGUUACUUUUUUCCUUUUUUCCAUUUUGGAGAGGUAUUCAAAGGUAGAUUCACUUUUUUAU